AUUAAAAACUCCCAACCAAACUUUCUGUCAGCAUUAAUCACAUUUAUCUAUCCUUGAAAAACUACUAUAUAUACAUGUAUAAAGUUUCUGUGGAAGCCAGAAUAGCUUCUCCAAAAAGAAAUAUAACCACAGUUACAUAAUCAUUAUUAUAUAUCAUGAGGCCUAUAUACAUUUGCAUAACAUGGGCAAUAUUAAUAACCCAAGUUAUCAUGGUGGCCUGUAAAACUAGAAAUAAUGUACCAGCAGUAAUUGUGUUUGGUGAUUCUUCUGUGGAUUCUGGAAACAACAAUAAGAUAGCAACACUUCUCAAGAGCAACUUUAAACCCUAUGGCCGCGACUUCGAAGGCGGCCGCCCCACCGGUCGGUUUUGUAACGGCCGCGUUCCACCGGACUUCAUCGCCGAGGCUUUUGGUGUUAAGAAGAAUAUACCAGCAUAUCUGGAUCCUGCUUAUACCAUGGAUGAUUUUGUUACUGGUGUUUGCUUUGCUUCUGCUGGAACUGGAUAUGAUAAUGCAACUUCUGAUGUACUUAAUGUGAUACCACUAUGGAAGGAGAUAGACUUCUACAAAGAGUAUCAGGCAAAACUAAGAGCCCAUGUUGGUGAAAAGAAGGCAAAUGAAAUCAUAAGUGAAGCAUUAUACCUAAUAAGUUUAGGAACCAAUGAUUUUCUUGAAAACUACUAUAUUUUCCCAACAAGACAACUUCAUUUCACAGUGUCACAAUACCAAGAUUUCCUAGUGGAUAUUGCUGAAAAUUUUGUGAGAAAAUUGCACUCACUUGGUGCUAGGAAAUUAUCAAUAACUGGUCUUGUUCCUAUGGGGUGUCUUCCAUUAGAGAGGGCUGCAAAUAUUUUUGGUGACCAUGGUUGCAAUAAGAAAUAUAAUAAAGUGGCUUUGCAGUUUAAUGCAAAGUUGGAGAAAAUGAUUUAUAAGGUGAAUAAGGAGCUUCCUCAAUUGAAAGCUUUGUCGGCAAAUGCUUAUGAUAUUGUCUUUGAUAUCAUUUCAAGACCUUCUUUUUAUGGAUUUGAGGAGACAGAGAAGGCAUGUUGUUCUACUGGAACAUUUGAGAUGAGUUACUUAUGCAGUGACAAGAAUCCACUUACAUGCAAAGACGCAAACAAAUAUGUGUUUUGGGAUGCCUUUCAUCCUACUGAGAAGACAAACCGUAUAGCUGCAAAUUAUUUGAUCCCUAAACUUCUGGCAGCUUUUAGAUGAUCCAUUCAUUCCCUUCUUAACUAAUUUGGACAUUUAAUAUUUAUUUGGUCACCAUCUAUCUUAUGUUCAAAUAUUAUUGUUUUACAAACAAAGAACUUAAUUCUAAACCAUUUGUCUUAGAUCACAUUUGGUCUCUGCAUUUUAUAAUAUAUGCAUGUGUUGAAUUUUUGUUGUUGUGAUUUUAUAAAUUUUACCAAAUGUUUGGGUGUUCAAUCCAAUCAUAGAUGAUUUGAACAUUAAGUGAAAAUACAUUUAAGUGUUGUAAUUGGUUACCACAAAAGUGUAACAGGGUUAUAUAGGUACGAAGAAAAGUCAAAUAAGCUAAGAGAAAGUGGUUUUGUCGAAGGUGUAAUUGGUUAUGUAUUUGCAAGUAAUCGGUUACUACUGUUAGUAUUU